UCACCUCACAUCAGCCCAUUGCCGGAAGCCGUGGGAAGUCAGUGCAUUAGCAUCACAGGGCUGCAGAACACCUUUCUCAGCGGGGCGCCAAGCGAGCUCUCCCGCCAGACCACGACUGCUUGCUACAUAAACACCGGCUCCUCUUCACCGCGAGCCAAGAGAUUGCUAGUUUGCCAAAAAAGAACGUCAUUGUCUGUGUUUCUUUGACGCUGUCGCCCCGACGUCAGCCCGCUGAUCCGUGUUUCACUUCCCGUGAUUCGUGACGCGAAGCAAGCAGAGUCAAUCAAACAUGCAGGCUGUCAUGGCGCAACCCCCACAAACCUCUGCCUACGGGGCUGUUCCUCUCCGCCGCAAGCCCAUAGCAAACCCCGGCAUUUCGGUACGACCCCCGCAGCAUCAAUACCACAACGACGGCCAACUAGGACAUUCACGAACACGCACAACCAGCUCAGGCAUCUUCCCCGCUGCAUCGCCUACCACAAGCACCAUGAACUCGCAAUAUCCAACCCAGUACCAGAGCAGUCUCCGCCGCACGCCCACCUCGUCCACCAGCUCUACCACAGGCACCCCGAACCGUUCCAACAGUGGCGCCCUCCGUCGCUCCUCGUCCACACGCUCGGGCGGUAACUCACCCACCUCCUACGUUGCCCUUAUGCGGAAACAAAAGGCCACAGUCUGGUGUGACAGGGCCCAGUACGAAGACCCGCGCAUGCUCGCACAGCAACGGCAGGCCAAGAUGCGGGCAAACAUGGAAGUAGCAGGCGGCCCACACCACGUCCCGCCGCGAAGUGCCUCGGGAGGAUCCAGCAUGGCUGGCGGUGUGCGGUCCAAGAUUGGGCGUCAUCACGGUCUACCAAAAGCGUCGUUAUACGCACCAGUCACAUACGCAGGUUCAGGUGUGCCUAUGCGCCUGAGUGCUUCAGAGGUAGACGAAGGUGACGACGAAGACGCGGGCUCAGUCAAGAACGGCCAAUACCACCACCGCACAGGCUCAGGCCGCUCCUCGCUCGGUUCAGGGCGCCGCAUGUCCUACGCCAAUCCCACCGGCCGAAUAUCCUCCAACAGCACACCCCCGCAGAACUCAUCCCCCGACGGCGAACUUGCCGACCUGAAGGAAGAACCCACUCCGUCCCCCGCGGAAUACGACGUCAACGCGCCCAACGACAACAGCUACUUCCAGCACACCAAAACGAACACAAGUACGGGUAGUGGUAGCAGUGGCGAACGCAAUUUCGGUGACAUGGGGCAAUUACCAGCGCCUGGAAUGCUGAAACCACCCGCUACAACGGACAAGAAGGGCAGUAAGGACGACCUAGUGCGGAGGGGCAGCGUAGACGAGCGGACCAUGACCAUGGGGACAAGGUUGUUCGUUGCAAACCCCGACCUGAGCGAUUGAUCACGUUUGCCCACCAAGGGCAGAUGGAUGAGAGGCUACUUUUUCUGCGAUACCCGAAACAACGAUUUUUAUUUUGCCACCACUACCACAGCAUACACGAUUACCGCAUACUCAAGACCGAAUUGGUUUCACGGGAGCCACGAAUCACCGCUUUCCCCCUCUUUUGAAAAUCUGAAGCAUGUUUAGCAUUUCACGGCUUU